CUUUCCUUCCCGUAUCCGCCGCGUCUGCUUCCACCUCCAUCAUCCUCUGGUACCCUGCACUGAGCGCCCUGCGAGUGACUCAGUGCAAUCACCCAUGGCUCGACCGCCGGAUGAGCGCAUUCGCCGUGCAUCCACGUCCAAGGCCAGCAAGCCCUCGGCAUCACGCAGGGCAGCUGCUAAGCCGAGAGAGGUCAUCGAGUUGGCCACUACCGAUGACGAGGUCCACCAUGGCGACGAUGACGAAGAUGAGGACAUGGAAGAAGUAGAGCUGCCUUCCGGCGAUCGCAGCAUUGAGUUCAGUGCCAAUGGAGAUGGCGACGAUGAAGAGAUGGAGAUGGAGGAGGUGAAUAUCCAGCAUCCCUCCAGAGGCGAUGCUCAGCCAGCCAUACCAGACUACAGCGCCAUUCAUCAAAGCGAAGACGAUGCGACUGCAUCCGCUGGUGACCAAAGUGAUACCCAAGCUGCUCCUGCACUUGUGUUCCACGACGGCAAGGGUGGACAAGGACCACUUUCUCUCACCUUCAACGAAGACCGACAGUCCAAGUCCGCCGAUGCCGCCAAGAAGAAGCGGACCAAUAUUCUCACGCCGAGGGAUCGCGCUGCCCGACUGGAUGGUCACAAGCUUCAUGUCCUGGCUUUACUAGCCCAUGCCAAGCUACGCAAUCGCUGGCUUAACGAUGAAGACCUUCGCGACCACCUCUACAACAUGUCCCCACAGGCUCUUCGCCAGAAGCUGCGCUCUAUCCAUCCCAAGAAGGUACCCGAGCAGCGUGAGAGGGUCAGACUCUUUGAGAGCUUCAUGGGUGAGCUCGUAAGGUGGUGGGCUGCCAGAUUUUACCUCAACCCAGAUCAGGCCGCUGCUGGAGCUAUUCGUCAGCCAGACCCGGAUCUGGUGUCUGGAGCUUUUCCGCCACCGGGCAAGAGGGUGGAUGGUUGGAAGAUGGAAAGCAUCGGGCAGAGAGAGCGGCGGCAUCAGAAGGAGGAAAAGGAGAGGAAGAAAGCUAGCCGGGAUGCGAGACAGAAGCUACAGAGCAGACAGAGCAACCAAAGCGCCCCCUCUAUGGGAAACAAAGGCAAAGCACGGCGGCAGGAUACAGACGACGAAGACAUUCCCUCUUCGGCUCGACCAUUGCCAACAGCUGAUCAGACUCGGCGGCUGCUCCUCUCUCGGAAGCGCAAAGCCAUCGACGAGAUUGCUCUCUUCCCUCCAGGUUCUGACCCAUCCCCUCGGCCCGCCUUAUUACGUCUGCUUCCCGCUCCAGAGCCGAUGCAUUCGUCUGCAGAUAUGCUCGCAGCUGCCGAAGCCAAAGCGGGCUCAAGAGAGACAUCCGCUCAGCUCUUCUGCGCCCUGUGUAGAGCGUUGGGCAUACCUGCUCGACUGGUCAUAUCGCCCCAGGUGGCUCCUUGGAGCGUUGGAGCUGGAAAGGUGGGACAGACGGUCGGAGCAGUGGAGGCUGAUAUCAAAGGUAGCGCGGCUGCUGCACGAGGGCAAGGAAAGGCGGCUACGAAGAAGGGGAAGAAGAGAGCUCCUCCAGCAGCCGUGGCGCCGCAGAGUCGCUUCGCUCGGAGAGGCACUGACGAUGGCACUAGCGAUGACUUCGACUUUGAAGAUGGCUUGCAAGAGGCUCAAGCUCGAGCCACCAAUGGAGCCAGUGAAUCGAAGUCGGCCCCUUCUUCAACACGAUCCCGUCCUGCUGCGAGCAAAAGAGCUCAAAAUGGUGCUAGCGGCAGCUCAUCUAGACCGCUUAGCGUUGCCAGUACCGGGACCGCAAGUGCGGAUGAAGAUCAGCGCUCAGCCGUGUCCACGCCAAGCAAGACUGCGCCCAAAAUCACACCAGGCAGCGGGAGAAAGCGAGCGGUCGUAUCGACCGAAGCCGUCGUGAUUGAGGACGACGAGGAGGAUAUCACGGCUGCGAAUGGUAAGGGUGGAGCAAAAGGAAAAGGCAAGCGAGCAGCGAAGCCCAAGAAAGACGAGGACUACCGCGACGAGAAGUGGAAGAAUCUCUCGGCUCCUCUUUCAAUCGACUUUACCCCGAAACUCCGAGUAAGCAAGCCCCAGCCUGCGAAAGAGACGGCCCUUGAGUCGUCCAAAUUCGACGAUGUCUCGCCCAUCGAUCUAGCCUCACCACCGACGAUGUGGGUGGAGGUGUUUUCAAAGCCUUUCCAGCGCUGGCUCACCGUUGAUCCGAUUCGAGCAAGACUCACUCCGACCGGCAACCGACAGAUGGAACCACUGCCGCAAGAUCGAACAAACAAGCUCGUCUAUGUCGUCGCUUUUGAGGAAGAUGGCUAUGCAAGGGAUGUCACUGCGAGAUAUACUAAGACGCUCCACUCUCGAGUCAGCAGGAUGAGGCCACCUCCGACCAAAUCUGGCGGCGACUGGUGGGAGGGAGUAGUGAGAGCAAUGCAUCGGCAUCAGCGACUCGAGAGGGAUGCGGUAGAGGACGCAGAGCUUGAAGAGGCCGCGAGCAAGGAGCCUAUGCCCAACAGCGUCGGAGGCUUCAAGGACCAUCCGGUCUUUACCCUCGAGCGACAUCUCAGGAGGGACGAGGUCCUCCAUCCCCAAGUCCAGGUCGGAACAUUCCAAGGGAUACCUGUCUUCCACCGCAAGAAUGUCGUGACCCUCCGCUCGGCCCGGCAAUGGUACAGCGAAGGACGCAAAGUCAGCGAAGGAGAGAUUGCUAUGAAGUGGGUGAAGAGCCGCGGCUACACCCUUGCCAAUAAGCGCGCCGAGGAGCAAGCUCGAGCUGAAGGAGGUGAGGAGCCCACUGAAGGACUCUACGCACGUCAUCAGACUGAGCUGUAUCGAGCUCCUCCCGUCGUGGAUGGCAUCGUCCCCAAGAAUCACUUUGGCAAUAUCGACCUCUUCGUCCCUUCCAUGCUGCCCGAAGGCGCUGCGCACAUCCCGCACAAUGGCUCUGCAAAGAUCGCCAAGAAGCUCAAUAUCAACUAUGCCGAGGCCAUUGUUGGCUUUGAAUUCAGAAAGCAUCGCUCCAUGCCCAGGAUGAAGGGUAUCGUUGUUCCUGAAGAGGCAGAGGAGAUGGUUCUGGAUGCAUACUGGGAGAAUGAGCAACUGGCUGCCCAGAGGGAGGUGGGUAAGCAGACGGAGAGGGCGCUAAGGCAUUGGAGAAAGCUGCUCAAUGCGUUGAGAAUUGCAAAGAGGAUCGAGGAGCAGUAUGGCGCUGGUGGAGAAGUCGACCCUGACGAGAUCGGCGGCGCGGAGUCAGGAGCUAAGCCUUCACGAGGUGGUGGCGGCGGCGGCGGCUUCAUCGCAGACGACGAAGAGGACGAAGAAAGACCUACACAGGAGCAGUCUGUGAGUCGUCUCAAGCGCCUUGAGGAGCCUCCAGCAAAGCCAACGCAGCAGGAGCCUCGGCCGCCCUCACCUCCCGUGGAGCGAUCAAAGAUGGCCGCCAAGCUUGACAAGUACGGUUCGGGCAGUCGUGCUCAUCCAGCUGCUACCGAUGCAGCUCCCUCACGCUUGAGGGUCCAAGACACGCCACAACCCGAGGAAGAGCCAGACGAGCAUCAGAGCGGGGAUCAAGCUGGUGUUCGGUCUCGUGACUUUGCUCAGGAGGAGGCAGAGGAGGUGGAUCAGACGCCUGUCGACGGUAGUGAGCUAGUGGACGUCGGAGGCGGGCAGAUCCUCUCGCUCGAUGAGCUGACUAGGCUCGAGCAGGCGGAGAGCAUGCCUAGCGGCAAGAGGGAGAGGAAGAGCACUUCAGCUGGGAACGGUGUAGCCGAGACUACCUCGCCAGCCAAGCGACGCAGAGUCGUCAUCAAGCCCUUUGCGCAGACCCGCACCCAUGCACCUGCAGCCGAAUCAGUUGCCCCCAGUCCCCAGCCUUCCAAACGGCCACGUCGAGCUGCUGCCAGCAGAGGCAGACCGGGGCGCUCACUAGCUCGAGAGGAGAGUACCUCGGAAGAAGACGAAGCGGAUGUUGAGGAGGUGACAGCUGCGGGCAGGGGAGCGCCACCGCGACGUAGGUCCGCGAGAACUGCUGCUGUUGGGAGGACGAGGGGUAGUUUGAAAGAGCCAGACGAUGAGGAGGAAGAGGAGGAAGAUGACGAGUAGGAGUGUUGUCUAAGAGUGGAUCGCCGUCAAGUGUAGCAUGUCUGUAAAGCAUUCAUCUCUCUGCAAAUUCCCGCUACGGAACGUACAAUUUUCCACGCA